AAAGACUCAUUGAUCAAUUGACCUUUUCCCUAAGGAAAAAAAACUCAUCUUUUCUUCUGGGAUCCUUCUUCCAUAUACCAUCCGAUCAUAAAUUCUCGUUUUGUGAGAGAAAGAGAUUAUGGCAACAUAUGGAGGAACAACCCAGAAGUGCAAAGCUUGCGAAAAGACCGUAUAUUUGGUGGAUCAGUUAACUGCCGACAGCAAAGUCUACCACAAAGCUUGUUUUAGAUGCCACCACUGUAAGGGCACCCUCAAGCUAAGCAAUUAUAGCUCAUUUGAGAGUGUCCUGUACUGCAAGCCUCAUUUCGACCAACUCUUUAAGAUGACCGGCAGCUUGGAGAAGAGUUUUGAAGGAGGUCCAAGACAAGCUAGAGCUGUUGAUAGAUCUGCAGAUCAGGUCCAAGGCAACAACAAAUUUUCCAAAUUAUUUGCUGGAACUCAAGAUAAAUGUGUUACUUGCAAGAAAACAGUCUACCCAUUAGAAAAGGUCACUGUCGAUGGCGUAUCCUACCAUAAGGCUUGUUUCAAGUGCGCUCACGGAGGUUGUGUGAUAAGCCCGUCAAACUACGUGGCUCACGAGCAUAGACUAUACUGCAGGCACCACCAUUCCCAGCUCUUCAAGGCCAAAGGAAAUUUCAGUCAACUUGGCAAGCUUGAAGAAGCAAAAGAAGCAGUAGAAAAUGGGUUAGUAUCCGCUUGAUUCAAACUGUGAAGUUUAAAUUUAAAAGAUCAAGGUGCUGCGUUAUCACAACGUGUGAUGUUUCAUAAGAGUGUAUUUUUAAUACGAGCUUUAGAGUGAGAUCUGCGAUUUGUUUAUGAUUAAGCUUACAUGUGCCAUUAUGGUAUGUUUUGGAUGAGGAUCAAAUGGAUUUUGUGCUUGAAGUGAGUCUUUAUAUUUCCAUCAUACAUUCGUAUUUACUUUUUGUAUUCAAUCAAUUCAUUAAGACUGUAAGUUUUAAUCAGUUUUUGUAUUUAGCUAUUGUGAAAAUUGUCAGACUACACUAUAUUUAUA